AUGUCUCGCCCAUGGAUUCUAGUGUGCCCAUCCAGCCGUGGAGUCGGGUACGCCCUGACGCGACACCUCCUGAAGAACACCACAGCCCCUAUUCUGGCGACGGCUAGGGGCGACCCCUCGUCAGUGAAAAAAAACCUCCUCAAGGAUAUUUCCGACUCUGAAGACUACUCGAAUCGGCUGAGCGUAGUACAGGUCGAUGUCACCAAAGAAGACACUGUCAAGGCGGCUUCAAAACAGGCCAAGGAGUUCUUCCCGCCUGAUACUCAUCAUCUACACCUUGGCUUCGCCAUCCCGGGCAUCCUUCACGCCGAGAAGUCACCACAGCAAGUUGACCUCGAGAAGGCGCUCAUGACCUACCGCGUCAACACAUUGGGACCGCUGCUGCUGAUGAAAUGGUUCGAGGAGUUCCUACCACGCAAAAGGACCGAGUUCGCUCUGAACGACAGUAAGGGAAGCGAUUCACAGAAGGAUGACAAGGUUCGCUUGCCCGAUCAUGCUGUGUGGCUCAACAUGAGCGCACGAGUAGGUUCUGUUAGCGACAAUCGCCUAGGCGGAUGGUACAGCUAUCGUAGUAGCAAGGCGGCGGUCAAUAGUCUCACGAGAAGCUUCGAUGUGCAGCUAUACGCGCGGAGCGGUGAUCGUGCGAUGGCCAUGGCAUAUCACCCCGGGACAGUGAAGACGGACUUGAGCAAGGACUACUGGGACAGCGUGGAAAGGGAUCGCCUGUUCAGUCCCGAGGACGCGGCGAAGUAUCUGGUGGAUGUGGCCACAGGCAGAGUUGGACUCGAGGGAAGAGGGAAAUGCUGGGAUUAUAAGGCUGAGGAGGUCCUACCCUGA